AUUGAAAAGCAAGAUAAUGACAGAGUUGGAAAAAAAUUUAAUAGAACUUAAGAAAGAAUUUACAAGUUUGCAAAUAGCCAAUAUUGCAAAGGAAAAGGAAUUGUCUACUAAGUUUAACUUUGAAUCGGCUUAUAAAGAACUCCAAGUGGAAUUAAACGAAAGAAAUGAAGAAGUAGAAACCUUAACUAAAUCUAAUGAUGAACUUAAAAAACGUCUGACGAAGUUAACUACUUCAAACCAAGAACUUGAGUCAUCGUUGUCGCAAGCAAUGGCGAAUUUAAAAGACAAUGAAGAUAAAUCAAAGAAAAUGAUGUCAUUAAAUGAAAACAUUACCUUAACUGCAGCUCAAGUCCAAGUCCAUUUAGACAGAAAAAAUGAUAUGAUAAAUGAGCUUGUUGAAUUAAAUAAAAGAUUUGAAAACAACAUUGAAAAGUUAGAGGAAGAUUUGCAAAUUAAAGUAGUAGAAGUUACAAAGUUAAGAGACACUCUCGAAGCUGAUGUCGAAAUUAAAAACAUUAUGUGGCGUGACAAUAAAGAACUGAAGUUACAACUUGAUUCCGAAAUUAAGAAAAAUGAAAAACUCUUAGUUAAAGUCAAGGAAAUUGAAGAAAAACACGAACAGGAAUAUAGCGAAUUAUUAUCAAACUACAAUACGGAAGUAGAAAGAAAUUGUGAAUUAUGCAAUCAAAUCUACACAUUGAAAGCUGAUUUAUCUUCUUCUAUAAAGAAAUGUAACGAAGAAGUUGAUAAAAAUUGCAAGCUCUAUGAACAGGUUUCUGCUCUAAAAAUAGAUAUUGACUCAAUUAGGGAAAAUCAAGAGAAAUAUAAGUUAAAAAUUGAUAAAAAACUAACUGACUAUGAAGAACUCAUAAAUGCUUUAGAAAAAAAGUUGCAAGAAGCGGAGUCAGAGAAUGAUAAAUUGAAAACCACAUUAGCCGCAAAAGAGAAAAAAAAACCUGCAAAGUUUUUUGAUGUGGAUCUUAAUUUAUCAGAGAGCAAAAGUAGCAGAAGUUUUGAAAAACAAAAAUUGGCAAUUGAUCGUUUGAAGGAAAGACUUGAAAGCAUGCAAGAACAAUUGCAACUUGAAAAAACUAAACGUGAAAUUCUUGAACAGUCAGUGAAGGAGAAAGAUGAUUUUGAGGAUAAAUAUACAAAGAGUGUAUUAGAUUUCGAACAAGUGCAGUGUUCUAAUAUUUUAGAAAAACAGGAAUUGCAAAAUACAAUUAUUGAUUUAUCGUCCAAAGUACAAAUACACGAGGAACGUAGUACUGAGUUAGAAAAUAAGUUGAGAGAAACAGAAGAGUCUUUAUCUUUAAAACUGUCUCAGCUAGAACAACAAAAUCAACAUCUGUACACGGAAUUGAGAAAUAACGAGUUUGUAAUAAAGAAUGCAUAUUUGGAAAUCGACACUUACAAAAAUCUAUAUAAAAACGCAGACCUGAAAGCACAAGAAUUAUCAAAAACUAUAUCAGUUUAUUUACUUGAAUGUAACAAUAGACAAAAAGAAAUUCAAUACCUCAGUGCACAACUGACUGACAGAGAUAAUAAAAUCCUUUCUUUGUCAUCAAAGAAAGCUGACCAAGAUAUAGAAAUGUCGAGUAUUUUAAAUGAAUUAACUGAGAAAAAAAAUGUGAAUUUGACUUUAGAAAAGGAAAAUAAAUUGCUACAAGAAAUGUUAUCAAAAUCUGAUGACCAUAAAGAAAAAGAAUUGUUGGAUAUUGAAGAGAAGCUGAAAAGUACCCGUAGACUCUUACAGUGUAGUGAAAUGGAGCUCAAUUUAAUUGGAAAAAAACUUUCUGAUUCUAAAGAAGAUUAUGAGAAAAUGUCUAAUGAAAUAACCAAAUAUGGGCAUAUAAUUACAAAUGGCAAAACUGAAUUAUCCAGAGCUUCAAAUCUAGUACUUAAUAAAUGGAAUGAAAUAUUGGAACACGAAACUAUUUACAAGGAGAUGAUAUUAUUGAAAGAUUCUGAACCUUCAGAAAAAGAACGUGAAAUAUGCUCAUUGGAUAAUAAUAUAAAAAUUGCUGUAUUGUUAUUGGAACUUUUGGCAUCUAAGACACCAACAUCAAUGGAAGGAACUGAUUUCGGCAUAAACAGUUUGUUAAAUACAAAAACUAACACAAACCAGUAUUCCCAAUCUGAUGUGAAGAUGAUUAAGAAAUUUACUUUGAGACCAUCAAGGUUGCACACAAGUCGAUCUGUUAGUCCAGAUUCACCAUCUGCCGACAUAGAAGGAACUAACUCGGAAAUACCCCAAGAAAUCAAUUACAAUACAUCCAAAGAAAUUUACAUAAGUCCAGAUAAUCACAUUUGUCAAACUUGCCCCUAUAGUAGUGAUGAUAGCUUUGAGACAGCUGGUGACGAUUUUUCUUUUACAAAGGAUAAUAGUAUUGAAUUUACAUCAUUUCAAGACACAUUCCCAAAUAUAUCCGAUACAUUUUUAGAAAAAUUGGGUCUGCAUGAAAGUAGUUCAAAAAAGAAUUUAACAAAGGAAAAAACCGAAGAGCUAUUUGCUACUUUUGCUAUACAAAUUGCAUUAGAUUCAAGAGACAUAAAAGAAAGGAUUCAGAAGCAAAAGGACCGUUGUGUUCAGCAGCACGAGAAGUUUUUAUCUUUAAUCAGAGACAUAUCAAAUCGCUUGAGGGAUCACAAGUGCAUUGGUGCUGCAGAUCCCAUAAGUCCAGUUUUUGUUCUCCUCGAAGAUGUGAAGUUUUUGCUUAGAGAUCUAAUGCAGUCCACUCAACAGUUUGGCAUACUUACUUGUGAAAAUCGCAUGAUGAAGUGCUGGAAUUUAGUAACUAACUACACAGCUUUACUCAAACAAGACGUCGUGAAUUUACGUAUAUCCAAGCCUGUGCAAGAAAGUAACAACCAAGUUGGUACAAUUGCAAGUUUUGGAGCAAAAUUUAGAAAGCGUUUGCAAAAUUUGAAUAAUAAAGAUGAAAUAAAUUGUAGUUCUUCAGUUUCGUCAAGUGAGAAUGCAGUAACACACAAAAGCAGGUAUCACUAAAACUGUCGAUAAAGCACUAGUGACUAUAUCAGUUUCUACUUGAAGGCUGUUUUGAAUCAUAACCACUUCUGAUGUUAGAAAUAUGUUAAAUAGUUACAGUGUUGCAUGUCUCAUAUCGAGUACUACUUGUGGGUAAUAGUUUUAUUUAUCUUAACAUUAUGUGCCAAAGCGAUGGUUGUGACUUGUCUUCUAAUAUAUCAAAAUUAUUUUAUUUGUAAAGUGUAGUUUUGUUCUUAAUAUAUUUGUUGAAA